GCUUGGGGAAUGGGGUGGGGGUAUGAUAACUGAAUUCUUGACAUGGAUGUCAAUCACUGGUAGUGACACUGCCAUGUUUUUAAAGGUGCUCUUUUGGAGUUUGCCCAUAGUUCCCCAGUGGGCUAGUGGCACCAACUCAAUAUGGGGGAUUCUAUUCAUCCCAAGCAGGUAGACACCAGGAAGUUGCUUCUUCUAACAUACCAAGAACUCCCAUCACUGGAUUCUCAUUCAUCUGUCUACAAUGAAAGUGAUACUUCUGCAACAACUCGGACAGACCACAAAAGAAAACUUUGUGUAAAUGCUGAGCGCUCCGUACGGUAUUAUUAUAACAAGUCAGCGAUGUAGCUGAGCGUUGAAUCGGUGAAGUUACCGCAGUGGUUGCUCCGGCAGAGUCGCUGACCCCUGUAGCAGCACAGACAGACCCUGAGCGAACUCGCAGCCACAGGGCGGCACCAGGGGGCGUGCCCGAGCCUGGCUCCGGGUCUCCUCUCUCCCCCAGCAGCAGAGCUCCAGCGAGAAGCGCUUGGGAAAGAACCGUGCUGCCCUUGCCCCUCUGCGCACCUCUCUGGGAACCCAGUGCGCACCGAGCAGCCCCCGCUGGCGCUAAUGGAUACAUACAGGAGCCCCCUGCCCGUCGCCCUGUUGGUCUUCUUCUUUCUGUGGGAAAUUCCUUGUAUCCAGCAGGCAUCCAUCCCUUCAGCUCUGCAGCCCAGGGCACUAAGGAGGCAGCGCAGGGAGGGCAAAGUCUCCAACCCUGACAGCCGCUUGCUGCCCCGACCUGUGCCCACGGUGGUGCCACAUGAGUACAUGCUAUCGAUUUACAAGACUUUCUCUGCUGCAGAGAAACUGGGGAUUAAUGCCAGCUUCUUCCAGUCCUCCAAGUCUGCCAACACCAUCAGCAGCUUUGUGGAUAGGCGGAGAGACGAUCUCUCUCCCCCUUCUGUAAAGAGAAAAAAAUACCUGUUUGAUGUCUCCACUCUGUCAGACAAAGAGGAGCUGGUGGGGGCCGAACUGAGGGUAUUUCGUAAAACCCCCAUGGAGUCAGCCAAAGCGCCUUUGGACCUGUAUAACCUGCAGGUAACAUCAUGCACCUCCCACGCACAGCUGGACUCCCGAACCCUGGACCUGAGGGACACCCCCUCACCGGGCUGGCAAGUAUUUGAUGUCUGGAAAAGCCUACAGGACAUCAGCCAAGGCAAGAAACAGAUCUGUCUGGAGCUAAGAGCCAUCUCUUCCACGACUGGCUUGGAGGUCAGCCUGAGAAGCUUGGGUUUGGCUAGAAAGCCCAGAUCCUCUCAGGAGAAGGCGCUCUUGGUGGUCUUUACUAAGUCCUCCAGGAAGAACCUCUACAACGAACUGAAGGAACAGGUUCAUUCCUCAAAGGGCAUGGAGAAGGAGACAAGGCUGCAUUUUAAAACCAGGAGGAGGAGAAGGACAGCUUUCAACAGCAGGCACGGGAAAAGACAUGGAAGGAAAUCAAGGCUGAGAUGCAGCAAAAAGCCCCUCCAUGUCAACUUCAAGGAGCUCGGGUGGGAUGACUGGAUUAUUGCGCCCCUGGAAUAUGAAGCUUAUCACUGCGAAGGGGUCUGCGAUUUCCCCCUGAGAUCUCACCUAGAGCCCACCAACCAUGCCAUUAUCCAAACAUUAAUGAACUCAAUGGACCCGGGUUCUACUCCUCCCAGCUGUUGUGUGCCCACAAAAUUGACUCCUAUCAGUAUUCUUUAUAUUGAUGCCGGUAAUAAUGUGGUCUACAAACAGUAUGAAGACAUGGUUGUGGAGUCCUGUGGAUGUAGGUAGCAGUUGGUGUGGUUGGUCUUCUACCUGCUAGCAUGGAGAUACCAGAGCAAUAAAUAAACUCAAAGAUAAGAGCGGGCUGGCCCCAGGUUCAAGAUCCCCAGAGGGGUUCAAUUCUGCCUAUCUGGUGUGCACCUACACCCCUCCACAGUGGAUUGGGCACUAUUAUAUCAAAGGUUAUAUCGUGUGGACUGUGCUGUUCACAGACACUUUGUAGCAACCAGCAAUAAAUCCAGCUGCCACCUUAUGGCAGGUCAAUGUUCUGUGCAGAUCCACUAAAAUGAAGGUGAUGAAUGAAUGACCAUUCAGUGGGAAUAUAAUGACUAAUCUACUUUAGUCUGAAUAAGGAUCUGCUUUGCAGGAGGCUCAGUUUCCAGGACUCACCUCUAGGAGAGAGGAGGGAAGGGAGUCUGAUGGUGGCACUUUGAAACCCACCUCUUUCUCUUUAUUUUAUUUUUGUUCCCACUCUGAUGGAACCAGCCCCAUCCAGACAGAGUGCUGGGAGUCAGGUGUGGGGAGAAAGGGAUUAUGUUUCUGCUUUCUCUGUUGAUUUUUGGAGUGUACACAAGAUGCAUUGACAGGCACCUGUUCAAACUGAGUCCAUUUAAGAUUACAGGGAAGCAAUAUAGUGUGUGCCUUUCAUGGGCUGGCAUGCGGAGAGUAAUGGAAGCACAUAAGCCCCAAUAAAGUUUUUUUUCACCCAAUUUCCUUUACAAACACAUGAGGAAUUACAUUGCAGUAAAGGUUAAGACAAUGUAGUAUGCACAAUGAAGCAGCUAAAGAGAGACCUAGAGAUGGUGAGAAGAUAGGUAAUGCUGGGUGAGAGAUUGUCAUAAAAUAUGUGAAUGGUGUUGGUGGGUGAGUGCUGCUCCUUAUAGCAUAUCAUCUGCCUAGAUAAAUGAACCUAUCAGUUAGACAGACACAGAAACAACACACACACUGUCUGUUUGUUAGGGAGAGACCUGCAUGUUUGAGUUUAGUAUAGAAAGAGAGAGCCCUAUCUAUCAUGGAGUGGGACAGCAAGGAAGAUACACAUCUAGAGAGAAAGAGAAAAAGAGAGAGAAUGUUAGUUGCAGAGAAGGUAUAGCUACUCCUCUGUUACUGACAGAUUCCUAAUCUAUUAAACAGGCUAACAGAGACCCAUCUAUCAGUCUUUUAGAGUGAGACCUAUCAAUCUGAAAGGGUGAGACAGAUCUACACAGAGAGGGAAGAGGGAUCUGCCACAAACAGUAUCUCCAAUAAUUACACAGAGAGAGAGGCUGAGCCUGAGAUCAAUCUGUCUAUCACUGUUAGAUAUGAGAUAUAUACAUCUAUUAUCCAAACCUACUUCUGUCUAUUGGAGAGAUAAAGCACUAUUACCCAGUGACACAAAGGGUAAGAAACAGAGAAGGAGCAGAGAAUUUGGCAGUCUGUUACAGCAGGUUGCCCUUAUUUGAUGGAACAUAUUGUGCUAUUGCAAGAUAAGUCAGAUUAUGCCAUGUUUAUGUUAGGAUACAAGGAGGUAGUUGUGCUGUAUUUUAUAAAGCAGAUACCUUUGCAUUUUUUAAGGAGGACUGAAGUUCAACAAAUAAUUAGAUGGCAACUUAUGUUUUGGGGAGCUGAACCAGCCCAGCACUUUUAAGCAGAUAAUAUCUGUGCCCCCGAAGAUCACCCCAGUAGCUCCCCUUCUUCUUUUCUGCACAGCGCAUGCUCUGGGCUGCUGUCACUUGCAUAGGAAAUGUCUCCCAAUAUACAAGAUAUUUACAAUAUAUACCAAUAUAACACUUGUAGUAUGAGGAUGGUGAGUAAUAAUUUCACAUUCAUAUUACAUAACAGCAUAAAAAGUAAUCUUUACUACUCAAAAAGCAAUGAAACCAACAUAUUAUUCAUUAGAAUUUAUAUAUAACCAGCCCUGUAAUAUCAGCUGCCUGUGAGACAUUGCAUCUUUUUCAGCAUAUAUCUGAUAAUUUCUCAUGACCUCUAAGACUGACCACUGAACAGCAGCCCAGAGCACAAUGAGCACAGUUUUGGUAAUGCUGAUAACAUAGCCCAACGAGAUCCAAGAUGGGGAGCUGCUGAGAACAACUUCAAAUGCAUGGAUUAUUUAAGUUAUAGGGCUGCUGGACUGGUAAUUUCCCCAUAUAAAAUAAAAUUUUUCUAGCUAUUUAUUCUUAGGGUACAGUUUUCCUUUAAGUUCCUAAAAAGGCCACCUGGGCCCAGAAGGAGAACAUUCUCAUAGCAUAGCAUGGGAAUGGUUAUUACCCCUUUGUUGUGCAGUACACAAUCAUGAACGUUUCCCUCAGUGACUGAUAUCACAUGGGCUGAACAAUUGUUACCGAGCAUUAGUGAUCCUUUCGGAACAAAUCACAGCAUUACCAAGUAUUGCAAAAUGUGCUACUUGUUCUCCUUUUUUAAUCUUUAGCAUUCCUACAAGAUUAUUAGUUCUAAAGAGCCCCGGGCCAAAGAUAAAAGAUGAUUUGUUCGAGAUGAUAAUUACCAGUUAGAGGACUUUUAAGACUGAAGUUGAAAGUCUUCUGACAUAGCAAAGAGCCUAAAUUAAAAGCAAUACACACCUCUUCAGUAUUGCUGUCUGAGCUUCUUCUUGUUGCUUCUAGCACCAUAGCUGGCAUGGGAUUUGUCUGCAAUAUUAAAGGAAAACAAAGCUAAAGUUAUUGUGCUAAAAAUGGACUUUGUUAUCUUCAUAAGUGCAGCAUUUGUCCUAAUGGUUACAGAAGUUAAAGAGAUACUGACACCAGAAAUUAAACCUUUUUUUGCAUCUAUCAUA